UAUUUCGUUGCUAUCGGCAAGUUUUCCUCAUGUUGACCUGUUGUUGCAACACGUGUGGACAAGUAUAUAACAGCAGUUUAUGAAACAGUUCAUCGUGCUCACUGACUUAUUGUGAGACAGUUAGAUUCGAUCAGGCGACCCUACAACGGUUGCCGACGAUCAUCGUCAUCGUCGUCGACUUUCGGUCGGAACAGUGAUCUGUGAUCGUUUCGUAGAAACGCGAACAUCGUUUGUGUUAUUGUGGAUAUAUACGGAUCGCUAUUACAGUGUGGACAAAUGGUUGUGCUUGAAGAAGGCGGCAUGUUGACCUCCGGACAUAAUCAGUAUCUUCAACCGGAUUACCUUUCUCCGCUACCGACAACGCUGGACGCCAAGAAAAGCCCGCUGGCUCUGCUGGCGCAGACGUGCAGUCAAAUCGGUGCGGAUUCACCGACGAAACCGAUGAUUUCUCCCCUGGACAAACCGUCGAAGGGAAUCUCAGCGUCGAGCACGCGUUCACCACCGGCGGUUAAACUCGAACGAACGCGAUGCAGCCCGCAGGAAUCUAAGCCACUGGGCUUCAAGCCUUACGAGACAAACGUGGUGACAAAGAAGUCGUCCUCGUCCUCCUCUUCGUCCGAAGACGGUCGGCCAGGAUCGAAGGCGAGUGUGCACAGUGCGAGUGGGCAGGAUAACAGUGCGAUAGUGUGUGAAAGUACGACGCCAAGCAGCGCGGACAAGAAGUCGUUGUCUUCCGGAAGCGGAACGCCGUUGAGCAGGAAAUCAGCAUCGCCAGCGACGGGCGGCGGGCGAAAGACUCCCGGCGACGCUCGCGACAAGACUAACUCUUCGCCGCACGGCCAGGCGGCCUCCGGGGCCAGUCCCAUCAUCCGAUCCGGAAUGGAAAUGCUCUCCGGGCACCACCAGAAGGACUCUACCGCCGCGCUGAGCGCCUACAAGCACUCCGGCUUCGGGGGCAGCGCGCUGUGCUGCCCCCCGGGUCUCGCCGAGAACCCCGCCUUCCGGCCGCCCUUCGCGGGGGCCUCACCCUUCUCUCAUCACCACGCCGCAGCCGCCGCGCUGCUCGGUUAUCCGGGCCCAACGCCCGGUUCAGGGGCCGGAAGUCCUUACCUGAGUUACGCGAGGGUCAAGACGCCAGCCGGUGGUGAGGCGUUGGUCCCAGUCUGCAAGGACCCCUACUGCACUGGUUGCCAGUACAGCAUGCACAACGCGCAGAUGAUGAUGGGCGCCGGCUCGUGUCCGAGCGGCUGCACCCAGUGCGACCACCAGAAGUACGGCUUGGCCAUGGCGCUCUCGAGUUUGGGCCCUAUGCCGCCGCCUUCGCUGUCGUACCAGUCCUCGCUGGGGGGCGGAAGGCCUUACGUCUGCAACUGGGUAGCCGGUGAGUCCUACUGCGGCAAACGGUUCUCCGCCUCCGACGAGCUCCUCCAGCACCUCCGAAGCCACACCAGCCUCGGCAGCGGCGACCCCGCGACCUCCUCGGCCAGCCUCAUGAGUGCUCCGCCCCACGCUCACCCGCUCCUCUCGCCCUCCGCCGCCCUUCAUCGCGCGGCAGCCGCCGCCGCCGCCGCCUACCCAGCGCCAUCCCUCAGCCCCCUCAGCGCGAGGUAUCACCCCUACGGUAAGCCGCCGACGGGACCGUUGCCGGCUUCUCUCGCCGCAUCGCCGUACAGCGCCUUCAACGCUCUGGGACCCUACUAUUCACCUUAUGCGAUAUACGGACAGAGGAUCGGUGCCGCGGUUCAUCAAUGAAUUUAAGCAUCCCUUCUUCGUUACCAGUGGGUGGUGAAUUGUAAAUAUCAACUUUUCGUUGUUGAUUUUCCUUCUGUUUUUUCUCCUGUCAUAUCUCGCAAGCCAAUCUAGCUGCUG